UCAGCUGAAGAUCGCGGUGUGUCGGACGGACUCAGAACCAGAGGCAUCCGUACGCUGGAACCAAACACUGACAGCCUCCAUACCAGCACGGGCUCAUCUCACGGACCCAGCGGAAGCCGCAGAGCAGCUGCGCCUGACAGAUCUAUCCACUACCAUAUUUCCUGCAGUGACACCCCUGUUAAAAUGGGGUGAUUGUUGUUGUUAUAUCUUCAUCCAACAAAUUGACCUGGAACAAGCCAAGGGCCACACAUAUCCUGAUGUCUGAAGAUUCAGAUUCCAAACUCUACCACUUCGCAAUUCUGGAGGACCAGGAGGGAGCCUCGGGGUGCCGAGCAUCCACGUCCUGCAGCUCCAUGCCGAGAAGGGCCUCUGGGUGCGGCUCAAUGGCACAGCUGCACCGGGCUGGAGGUUACCAAGGUGGGCCCGACCUUGGCCACGCCUCAGAGGGCAGCGACAGCAGCGGCCAGGACCCCCCCGCCUUGAUGCACACCCAUCGCAAGAACACCCGCUCUCGCUCGCUUCCUGAGGAGGACGUAGAGAUGAAGAGCAGUGGGUCGAGUGGGAGCGGGACCGAAUCGCACAGCAAUGAGAGUCACGGUAGCGACAGCCACGGCCACAGCUCGGUGGGCAGUUCAAAUGGAAACAGCAAAGACUCUGCCCUGCAGGAAUCUUCUGAAAGCAACAAAAGCUCCAACUCCCACAGCUCGUCUCCACCAAGCAGUUCAAAUGCAUUCAGUCUGCUGAGCUCAGAGCAGGACAACCCCUCGACCAGUGGCUGCAGUAGUCAAGAGUCCGCCAAAGCCAAGACGCAGAAGGAGCUGAUUAAAACCCUGAAAGAGCUGAAGCUUCACCUGCCCGCUGAGAAGAGAAGUGGUAGCAAGUCCUCCACGUUGAACAUGCUCAAGCACGCGCUGCACUGUGUCAAACAGGUGGAAGCCAAUGAGGAGUAUUACCAGCUUCUGAUGACCAAUGACAGUCAACCCUCAGGCCCAGAUGUGUCUUCUUACACGAUAGAGGAAAUAGACAGCAUUACGUCUGAGUACACCCUCAAGAACAAUGACAUCUUUGCAGUGGCAGUGUCUCUGACCACGGGACGCAUCGUCUACAUUUCGGAUCAGGCCGCCUCCAUCCUCAACUGCAAGAGAGAAGUGUUCAAAAACACAAAAUUCGUGGAGUUCCUGCCGCCACAAGAUGUGAGCGUGUUUUACAGCUUCACAACGCCGUAUCGCCUGCCGUCAUGGAGCAUGUGCACCGGAGCAGAGUCAUCCCCGCCUGACAUCAUGCAAGAGAAAUCCUUCUUCUGUCGUAUCAGCGGUGGUAAAGAGUGUAAGGGCAACAUGCAGUACUAUCCCUUCCGCAUGACGCCGUAUCGGAUGAAGGUUCAGGACACCGUCCACUCUGAGGACCAGUUCUGCUGCCUUCUCCUGGCUGAGAGGGUUCACUCUGGUUAUGAUGCACCCAGAAUUCCAACAGACAAGCGGAUCUUCACCACCACCCACACUCCCAGUUGCGUGUUCCAGGAUGUCGAUGAGCGGGCUGUCCCUCUCCUCGGGUACCUCCCUCAGGACCUGAUCGGCACAUCCCUCCUGCUCCACCUGCAUCCCAAUGACCGACCCAUCAUGAUGGCCAUUCACAGAAAGAUCAUUCAGUACGCAGGGCAGCCAUUUGACCACUCAUCAAUCCGCUUCUGUGCUCGAAACGGAGAGUACAUCACCCUCGACACCAGCUGGUCCAGUUUCGUCAACCCCUGGAGCCGCAAGGUCUCGUUUGUCAUCGGGAGACACAAAGUUCGCAUGGGCCCCGUAAAUGAAGAUGUUUUUGUGGCCCGGGCCUCGUCUCUCGGGGAGACAAAGACCAUGGACUCUGACAUCCAGGAUAUGACAGAGCAGAUCCACCGCCUUCUCCUACAGCCGGUUCAUAGCAGUGGUUCCAGUGGCCACGGUAGUCUGAACAGCAAUGACCAACUUCUGGGACUGUCCUCCUCAAGUGAGAGCAUUAACAAGACCAAGAUGCUGCGAGAGGAGGAGGAACUGAUCAGCAAAGCCAGACCACGAACUUUUCAGGAAAUCUGCCAUGGCGUUCACCUUCAGAAGAGUCAGGAGCAGCAGACACCUAAACCAGACAACAAGAAAAGCAUCAGCAUAGAGUCUGUACAGAAGAGCCCAGCUGUGGUGCGGACCAAAGAAUCGCCCACCCCUCUCAAGGAGCCGUGGUCUAUGGAGGAGAGCCAGACAUCUGUUCAGGAGGAGCUGGCCUUCAAUGAUCAGACUGUCUACUCCUACCAGCAGAUCAGCUGUUUGGACAGCGUCGUCAGGUAUUUGGAGAACUGUAUUGUUCCCAUCAACAUGAAGAGAAAGUGUCUGUCUUCUUCUAACACCACAUCCUCCAACUCGGAUGAGGACAAACAGAAAGGGACCAGCAACAUCCAGUUGUCUGAAGAACCAGCUUUGUUAAAGGAUCAGUCUGGAGUUUCUGCUAUGGAUGAUCGAGACAAAAAGUCCGGUGAUGCCGCCACUGCAGUAGUUGGCACUUCGCUGCCCCGGCCUGUACCUAACAAACCGGAGAGUGUGGUUUCGGUCACCAGCCAGUGUAGCUACAGUAGCACCUUAGUGCAUGUUGGUGACAAGAAACCUCAGCCUGAGUCAGAGAUCAUAGAGGAUGUACCAGGAGCGGGGGAGACGACAGAAUCUUGCCGGAACGCUGGGGCUCCUCAUUGCGCUGUUUCACCUCCCAGUCAGGAGAGGGAGUCCUACAAGAAACUGGGGCUGACCAAGCAGGUGUUGGCGGCCCACACGCAGAAGGAGGAGCAGGCCUUCCUGUAUCGCUUCAAAGAGCUCAGUAGACUCACAACGCUGCAAGCCAACUGCUCCGAGUACCUGGAGCGCCAACGAGAGCAGAUCGCCAGUGAUGCUGUACCCGCUGCUCGACCCUUCAAACAUGCUGGACUGGUUACAGAGCCAGUCGCACGGCGAGAAACACGCAACAAGAAGACCAAGUCGAAGCGAGCAAGGCAGGUUGAGUCCUCGGACAGCACGGAGUCUCACUACAGUCAUCGGCAUCUGCGUCAACCUCGCAUAAACCAUGGCCUUAACCCCACCUGCUGGUCCUCUUCUGACACCUCACAGUCCCCGUACACCAUGACCUACCCGGCCAUGAUGCCAGGCUACCCUCUCCAGGGUUACCCCACACCUGCUUCCUUAGCGACUCGCACAGAUCCCCCUCUAGCAAAUUUUGGGGACAACCAAACUGCCCAAACCCCUACCUACCCGCCAUCCAUCCAUCCUGGUCCCUUCACCACCCCCAUGGUCACCCCCAUGGUGGCUUUGGUGCUGCCAAACUACAUGUACUCUGCAAUGACCCCUGGGCCUCAACCACCACAGCCAGUGUACCACGCAGAGACCGGAGGCUUCACCACCCAAACGCAUCCUUUUUGUCAGGCUGCCUUUCCAGGCCAGGGCACCUUCAUGGUUCAACCCUCCUUCGGUGUCCAGAAUCCCUUCAACCCCCAGAACCUUUUUGCCCCCACGGCCGGGUACAUGACCCCAUCGUACCACCUCCCUCUAUCCGCGGAAAUCCCAAAGGGCCUGGGAGAGACCCAGUCUCGCCCAUCGUCGCCCCAGUCUGGAUUUGGAGGAGGUCCGGCAUCCCCACCUCUGUUCCAGUCUGGCUGCAGCUCACCCCUCAACCUGCUGGAGUUGGAGCUGUCUGCAGACCUCCUGGACAACACAGUGCUGCCCCCUGCAGGACAAGGGAACACCGCUGAAAGGGAGAAAGGAGCAAGUGGCACUCCAUCCAAGCCGUCUCUCAGUCUCCUUGGUCCUCCUGGACCGUUGUUUUGCGAGUGCACGUGCUGUGCCUGUGAGCGUUUGUCUUGGGAUAAAGUGUUCUCUAGGCUGAGGGCUUACAGCAAUGAGGCAAGCUCACGUGGCAGCGGGAACACCAGCGAUGCGAACUCUUUAUCCAGCGGCAUGUUGGACAUUCUGCUCCAAGAGGACUCUUAUUCAGGCACAGGCUCGGCCACCUCGGGGUCCAUGGGCUCAGGGUCCAACGGACGUGGAACCUCGGCCAGCGGGACGUCCAACAGCCGUACAUCUAAUAGCAGGACAUCAGGCAGUGGAGUGUCGGCGAGUGUGAUCUCCGGCAGUGGAACAGGAAGCAACAACAGCAGUAAAUACUUUGGCAGCGUGGACUCGUCCCAGAACAGCCAGAAGGUCAAAGGUCAUCUGAGCGGCAGCGACGAAAGGCCCGUGGACAUGGAGCAGAGCGAACAGUUCAUCAGUGACAUCCAGCAAGUGCUCCGAGAGGACAGAGAGAAGCUGCGGCUGCUGCACAAGAACCAGCCGUGCUUCUCUGAGGAGCAGAAGAAGGAGCUGAUGGAGGUCCACCCCUGGAUGAAGAAUGGAGGUCAACCCAACGCCAUAGACAUCAAGGUGUGUUCCUGCUGUGACGGCGCCUCAGAGACAGCUACAGUAUCGACAGCAUCAGCAGCAGUAGCAGCAGCGAUGGCGGACUAUCAGCCAGCCCUGGACAUCGGUGACACAGAGACGGGGGAGGUCGGCUGCCAGCAUAGGCCCAGAGACAAGCUGUCAAACACGGUGGUUGUUUCCUGCCACGGCCCUUCGCUUGUCUCCAGCUCACAGGCGCACACCAGCCAGACAAUGAGCUGCUCCCGAUUUUCAGAGGGACUUUGAUUGACUUUGAAGAUAGACUUGGAAGAUGGACUUCACAUACAAAUCUUCAUCCCUGUCUCUGUCUUGCUGUUUCAAGAGCCAUACCUGUUAGAAUAUCAAAGAAUACCGGCUCAAAUAUGGUGAAUGUAAUAUGUAGUGGUCGUUAAAUUAUAUUUUAUUUUAAUACACUUAUAAGCCUCAGGAGGUAGGAAUUUGUUAGCGCUAGUGAGGGGUUGCUGGGCUCGAUGACAGAGCAUGUUCUUUUCCAUUUGUUUCUGCGCAGCACUUUGGCAAAGAUGCGCAGAGAGAAGUAGAUGUGCAGAGGUCAAACAAACACAGAGUGAAAGGCUGCUUUGCACGCAAGCCAGGAAGUGACACAGGGGUGAACUAGCCGCUGUGAUAAUGUCAGUUCCUUUGUUACAGAGAGCAACAGACUCUCUGAAGACUUUCACUACCUCCAUCCUCAGCAGGGGUGGGAGAAGUGCUCCGAUAGGAGUACAAUCACAAUGCAAGGACAAUCCAUUAAAAGUCUGGUUUCAAAAAGUUUGCUUGGAUUAUCAACAUUUAGUCUAAGUGUCAAAACUACUAUGUGUGCAGAAAUGUCUUUUUCAGGAUGUUACAUUGGAUAAUCUUUAUGUAGGAUGUUUAUUCUAUAUAUUUAAGCUGUUUAUAAACGACAAUGUCUCCUAUUUUGUGACAUAAAACUAAGUAAUGUUCUGCGGAGCCCCGGGCUUGAUGGAGGACGUGCAACACAUACUAUAAGCUCUGUAAGUUAUAUGAUUUCUUCUAAUAUUGAAUGUGGCAAUAUUUAUUUUGAAACUCUCUCUCUCUGGUAUUUGGAGCAGCUGCAGUGCGGCUAUAGGAGUUCUUUCUUUUUAACGUUGGUUCACCAGCAGAUGUGGCAUCGUGUCAGUGUUCAGCUGUGAGGCGUUUACUAUCUCUGACAUUCAGGUUAUAUACUGUUAUUCCAGUGCUCAUGUGAAUGUUUGUAACACUCCAUGACUCAUAUAUGUAUAUAUAUCUUUUUUUACAUAAAAAAAUUCUGUUAAAUGUCUUUGUUUUUUAAGUUAUGGUGGAGGACAGGGUCACAAAUAGACUACUUGCUGUAAAGACUAAGUUGUGUAAUUGGGACACUUCCCAGUCUGGAAAGCAGCAGUUUAUGGUGGGUGUUGAAUGUAAAGUGGAGGGAAUAUGGAUGCCCUGGCCAGUUUUAAAAGUGUGCCACAUGACACUUGAGAGCUGGUCUGAUGUCGCCCCCUCAUAAAUAUGGAGAGGAGCAUCCUGUGGGAGCCACUUGGAGCCAGGAAAAACGUGUGGUGGCCUCAGAAGUCCGACUUUAGGGUUAUUGCACGGGUGUAAAGCAGCUCAGACAGAUGCCAGGUAACUGUGGAGACUUCUUCACUUUGAUGCUGAGUCACUUUAAACUACCAGGAAGAAGAAGAAGAAGAAGAAGAAACAGAACUCUUUUCUCUCUUUUCUCUUUAUUCAUUUGUCUUUUCUGUUAUUUGAACAGACACUGACAGCAAAUGCACCUUCUAUUUGUUAAAUGCAUUCCCCUUUUUGUUUUUCCCUUUUUUUUUAUAAAAUAAAAUCUAAU